AUGGUUUACCCAACGUGCUCCAAAUCGAAUAUCACCCCAAUAAUUACCGCGUACGGUGCAGCAGCAAAUUUACGCAAGGAAGUCAUCAGAAACAAGAUCAGGGCGAUUGGAAAAAUGGCACGAGUAUUUUCCGUCCUCAGAGAGGAGAGCGAGAGUGUCUUGCAGUUGAAAGGACUCACGCCUACGGGUGCCCUUCCUUUGGGAGCACUGUCUGGCGGCAAGAUGUCUCUAAAAAACGCGCUCCAAGGAUUCUCACCGAACCACAAAAUCACGUCGUUCGCCGAAGCCAAGGGUCUUGACGCUAUUAACGAGCGAAUGCCGCCGCGAAAGAACGCACCACCUACGCCGGUAAAUGAGGAAAAGCCGGUGAUAAAACCAGCCGCUGCGGCUACUGGAGAAAAGCAAGAACAGUGUACACCUCCGCCUCACUCGUGA